AUUUAAAUUAUCUUCACGUAUAUUUUUGCCUCUAUUAUUAAAAAUUUCAGACUCCGUCCCUGCUUGUAUCGCAAAACUCCACCAAAUACUUGAACCCACAAAAAUGGCAGGUCUCUCUCCCAUUCCAGCUUUUGAUGAUCUCAAAAUCACAUUCCAAAAAUCUUCAUUAAUCUUCCCCUCGCAAGAAACUCAGAAACGAUCAUUUUUUUUGUCGAAUAUCGAUCAAAUUGGGGAUUAUAAUGCCCCAACAGCCCAUUUCUUCAAGCGAAAUCCAGAUUUGGAAGCUGAAAAUGUAGCCAAAAUGCUCAAAAUCGCGCUAGAAAAAGUGCUGGUGCAUUACGAUUUCAUGGCGGGAAGGUUGAAACUGAACAACAAGACAGGGCGCCUUGAGAUCGACUGCAACGCUGCAGGAGCGGGCUUCGUUGUGGCUUCUUCCGAGCUCUUGCUUGAAGAAAUAGGGCCGAGUUUGGUUCAUCCAAAUCUGGGAUAUCGGCAGCUUGCUGAUCAUAAUUUGCCAUCUGAAAUUGAUCAACCCUUGUGUGUUUUCCAGGUAACAUCAUUCAAAUGUGGAGGUUUCGCAAUAGGCAUGUCGACAAAUCACAUCUUAUUAGACGGCGUCGCCGCCAAAAUUUUCCUACAAAACCUCUCCUCUCAAGCUUUUGGCGACGGCAGACCCUUACCCUUUCCCCCUUGCAACAAUCGCCGCCUCCUCGCCGCUAGAUCUCCACCCAACGUGACAUUCCCGCAUCUUGAAUUCAUCGACCUCCACCUCCCCACCGGCGAAGGCUCACGCCCCCCGAAUUUCAACUGUUCCCGUGAGGAGGAACUCCGCUACCGCAUCUUCAAGAUGAACGCUGAUGACAUCGCCAAACUCAAGAAAAAGGCCAAAGACACCACCGUUAGCAGCUUCUCGGUGGCUGCCGCCGUUAUAUGGCGGUGUAAAGCCUUCUCCGGAGAUGCAAAACCCGAGAAAAACGAUACGUCCACCUUGCUCACCGUGAUCGACGUGAGGCAUAGGGUAAAACCCCCGUUACCGCAGUCAUAUAGCGGUAACGCGAUUUUACCAAUUAGGGUUUCCGCCACAUUCAAGGAGGUUGAGAGUGGGCCCUUCUCAAAUGUGGCGGGGAAGAUCUCCCAAGGAAUGAAAGGGAUAUCGGAUGAGUAUGUGAGGUCGGUGUUCGACUGGCUAGAGGCGCACAGGGGGCUCCCUCACGGGGACUAUAUGGUCAGCUCGUGGCUAGGGUUAGGGUUUGAGCAGGUCGAGUACCCGUGGGGCAAGCCACUUUACAGCUGCCCUAUCGUCCACCAUCGGAAGGAUAUUUGUUGGGUUUUCCGCGACGGCAUUGACGGUGGAAUAGCCGCCAUGGUAGCUUUACCGGCUGAGGAGAUGAUCCGAUUUGAGGGAUUGUUUCAUGACUUCCUUUGAGAUUAGUGAAAUAUGAAUUCUACUUUUACAUGUUAGUUUUAUAAUUAUUAUAUGUAAAAUGAGUUAGUGUAAUAUGAGGUCCACUUAUCACAUAUAGUUAAAAUGAAAUGAGAUACUGUAAUUGAUAAGGAUC